AUGGCGAACGAUGAUAUCACCAGGGUUAUGCAUACCUUUUACAUCGGUGUAUACCAGCUUGUGGAUGAUCCUUCAACGGAUCCAAUAAUCUCAUGGAGCAAAAGCAACAAGAGCUUUGUCAUCUGGAAUCCUGAAGAGCUAUUUCGCAGGAAGCUUCUCUCGAGAUUAUUUAUCAACAAGUUGUCACAUUUCAUCUCGGAGCUUGACAAUCAUGGAUUUGAAAGAAUCAAGGAGUCUCAACAUUUGGAAUAUGGGCAUAAGAAGUACUUUGUGAGAGGUCAACCUGAGCUUUUGAAGACGAUGCUUGUCAAAAAUGUCUUGGGUAGGAGGAAGCGAAGAUCUAAAAAAAAGAAAGCUAAAGCGGAAGUACAUAAACGCAUGAAAGAUUUACUAAUUAAGUGA